AUGUCACAUCACUAAGCCAAAAAGGUACUAGAGGAUGAUUAGAGAAAUACAAAUAUUCAUUAGCUCAAACGCAGAUACGGACAAGCGCUUUCACCCAGAAAUUCUAGAUUCUCAGGAAAAGAGGAAUUUACUAAUGACAACUAAUUUAGGAAAUUAAAGAGAUUCAAGGAAGGAGGACCAAAUGACUUUGAGCAAUAUGGAUCAUCUGAUUAAUAACAAUAGCAAUCCUUUAAUUAACCUAUAAGCGGAGCAAGCUAAAAUUAAUACCCUCCUUAAGCUUAAGCAUCUUAUGGGCAAACUUCAAAUUACUAAUCCUAUUCUUAAAGAUCAAGUUACAAUGAUAGAGCUUCUUCAUACAAUAAUAAUUCAAUUAAUUCUAACCAAUAAUUCUCUGCAGCUGCAAAUAGGAGAAGCUCACCAGAACGCUAAAUUUAAAAAUAUGAUAAAAGUGAAAAUAAGGGGAAUUCUAAAGAAAGAAGGAGAAGUUCAAGGUCUGACAGCAGAGAUAGAAGAUAUAAGAAAGAUAGUUACCGUAGAGAUAAAUACUCAUCAUCUCAUUAUCACAGUAAGAGAAGCAGAAAAUCAAGCAGAAGUUCGAGUUCAUCAGGAAGCAGCAGUAGCAGCUAUGAUAAGCACAAGAAAUCAAGAAAAUAUGAUGACAGAAAGCGUAAAAGUUCCAGAAGUCAUAAUAGAGACAGUGGACAUCGUAACAGCAGCAAAGGAGGAGAAAGAUCUAAGUCAAAGCAGAAUCUUUUAACAUCAGUCAAGGAAUCCGAGUCCAUAUUAAAUGCAAGUAAAGUCAAACUGGAAAAGCCAUUGAGUCCUAGAUAAUCUCACAAUGAGAGAGAUAGGGAGCGAAAUACUUAAAAUAAGAGUAGCGAUUAAUAGCAACAGUCAUACUAAACUUCCAAGCCAAGUUACUAGUAACAAUAAAGUAAAUAGAGUUAUCAGAAUAGCAGAAGUGGUUUUGAAUCAAGAGAUCAAAUCUAGUCAAGCAGACCAACUUAUCAGCAAUAUUAACAGUAGCAAACUCAAUACUAAAGCAGUCAAUACUAUAAUUAGUAGCAAAGAUAAGAUAACUAUGGAUAUUCAUAAUAAAAUCAAUCAUAUAAUAGCGCUUCUGCUUAUUAGUAGUAUUAGUAAACUGCUCCAGCAUAUCCAACUUAUUAGCAAAGCAAUUAUCCAUAUUACGAAGCAUAGCCAGCUUACUAGGCUCCAAGUACUACUCAAGCUUCUGAAACUUAAAACUACUAUGAAAUCUCCUAAUAAUAGCAUCAAACUGUUUAGGGCUUUUAUUAGCAACAGCAAUUACAGUAAUAGUAAUAGCUCUAGUAGUAAUAGCAACUGCAGUAAACUUAAUAAGACUAAAUAAUGAAGGAAUAAUCAGAUUAAACUGUGAAUUAAAAUGUCACUUAGCCGCCUAAAAAGUCGCUUGAUCCUAAGGACAUAGGGAUUGUUUAUUAUCCUCUAUCUGGUAAUAGCUUUGAGAAGUGGAAGGAAAUGCUUACUAAGUUAUUUGGAAACCACCCUAAUAUAAAUUAGUAGGUAUAUGAUUAAAUCAAGGAAGACUACAAAAAGAUCUUAGCUAACGAUAAUAAAGAGUACAAGGAAAAAGUAAGCAAGCAUCUCAAUCAUGAUGACAUCAAGAAAAAGGCAGAGUAAAAGAUAGGUUCUAUUUUAGAGUAGAAAGAUAAUGAGGUGAAGAUGAAAGAUGAGGAGGAUGCCAGCACCUAAGAGGAUAAUCCGUUUGCCAUUCAAUGUCUCCAGCCUAUAUAGGUCUCUAAUAUAGUGUCAAAGAAGCAGUAAGAGUAUUAAAAGAAACUCGAAGAGAGUGAAAGAGAGAUACAACGUAAAAAGUUCUAAAUUUUGGAAUUACAGAGCAAAAGAGAAUAACUCAUGAAAUCGCUGUAAAUGAGAGAUCAAAAGAUUUCAUAGAAUUGA